UGCCCUCAUCUCCCAACACGGCCCUAUCAGCAGACGGAGACAUCGUGUCCCCUUUCUGAGUAUUCAGAAAAAUACCCCCUUUACUCCAGCUUUCAACCCAGGGAAUCAUGUAAACCCAAAGCAGAAUAUAUUAAGCAGCCAGUGCCCAUGGAAGGCACUUCAACUGCCAGGAGAGAUUACAUUCCUCAUGAAGUGACGCCUAUAAAGCUGAGACCUCCGGACCAAUAUGUUAGGAGUAAUGAAAAUAUGGACACGUUGUCCACAUACAAGCAAGACUACAAUGCUUACCCCAUCAACCGUGUGGCUCCUUGUUUGCCUCAGUCACAAAACUAUGCCUCUGAUGAGAAGAUGACCACAAUACCUACGUACAAAGGUGAUUAUGUGGCAUGGAAUCAGCCCAAAAGGGACAUGAUUAAACCGGACACCUCUUACCACCCACCAGAUGCAAAGUUUGAUCACCGAACCACCGUCCAGGAUGCUUAUCCCUACCAGGGCCCAGUUGUUACCAAGAGCUGCAAGCCUUUUCAGGCACCGCACAUCUCCAAAAUUCCCUUGGAAGAUAUGACUAAUUAUAAGUUGAAUUAUGUGCACCAUCCUUUGGCAAAACGCUAUGUCCAUGAAUAUCAACCAUUCAAGCCCAGUGAUGUCCCGUUCGAUGGUCUCACCACACACAAUCUGUCUUACAAAGGGCUGAUGGGAGAGCCUGCUAAGUCUUUGAAGCCACCUCAUAAAUUGCCAGAGCACAGUUGCUUUGUUGGUACUACUGAAUUUCAGGAAAAGUUCCAACCUUGGCCAGUACCUCCCAUCUUUAGUAGAAAACGCGAUGUCUAUGUACCACCCAAGAAUAAGAUGGACCUCCAGACAUCUACACAGAUUCAUUACGGAAAUCCUCAUGGCCGGCCAGCAACAUCCUGUAAACCUUUGGCCCGUGUUCAACAAAGCACAGAUCCUUUUGAUCACAGAUCCACUAUGAAAGAUGAUUACCAGCCUUGGCAGUAUGCAAAACCAGAUGCUGUUUUUCCUAGAUCAUCUAUCACAUUGCCAGUUGAACCCAUGGACACGUUGACCACUUUUCAGACUCAUUAUGUGCCUCACCCACUUUCAGUCACGAAGAGCUUCAGGCCCCGUUUACCUGGCCCUAAGGCGCAUAUACCGUUUGCUCAGAAAACCACCUAUGCCAUAAGCUACACCCCAAAGAAAGCUGUCAUGUGCCCUGCUGCUUUCAAAGAGCCACCUGGUUAUGUAUUUGACAAGGUUGAUGAAGGAGGCCACAGAAGGUUCCGUCCUGCUUCCGUGGCCCGAUCUCAAUGCCCCUCAAAUUCAAAGAUGGCAGAUCAUAGAGGCAGCCUAUCUAAUGGUGGAAUAAAACAAGCAGGCUCCAAACAGCUAGCAUUAGGAGUCUGA